AUGGCAAGCUCAUCAAGAUGUGCUAGUUUACAACAUAAAGGAAUUACCUUCGCUAAAGGAUACUUGAGUCCAUGUUUAGUAUUGGUAAAAAUUCUAAUACAGAAAUUGUGGAUGCACAAAUUGUCAUGGGAUGAAGCAAUUCCAUCAGAUUUGCAUUCAACUUGGAUAUCGUUUCGCAAUCAAAUAAACGCUCUGAAUCAAAUCAAGAUACCUAGGCAUGUGAUUUGCAAGAAUUACACAAGAAUCGAAUUACAUGGUUUUGCAGAUGCAGCACAAGGAGCAUAUGGAGCAUGCACAUAUAUUCAUUCAAUAGAUCAUCAAAAUACAAGUGAAGUAAGAUUGUUGUGCUCUAAGACAAGAGUCGCACCACUCAAACAACAAACAAUACCUCGACUGGAGCUUUGUGCGGCGCUUACACUCGCACGGUUAAUGAAAAAGAUACUAAGUUCAUUAAACAUAUCGUUUGACAAGAUUACAUACUGGAGUGAUUCCACCAUAGUACUCAAUUGGAUACAAACGCAACCAAGCAAGUUACAAGUAUUUGUAUCAAACCGUGUCGCAGAAAUACAAGAGUUAACUGAUACUCGCAACUGGAGACAUGUGCCAACAGCAGAAAACCCAGCCGAUUUACUUUCGCGAGGCGUAUUUCCCAAUCAAUUAUGGCAAUCGGAGCUUUGA